UUACCCCUCGACAUCUGCUGCUCCCGCGAACAACAGUGCGCGCUCCCGCGUCUCGCACCCACCACCUCCUGCCCUCUUCCCGGGACCACCGAGCUUUAUUUUUACGCGUGAGAUCAUGCGGAGCCGACGUGCGGGUGCUCUCCUCCACCUUACCCGGCUCUAGCUCACCUCGACGCGGACUGUUGCUCGCUCUCCAUCCCGGUGCCACCGAACGGAACACUUGUGUUUUGUCUGCGCGCGCCGGCCAGGGGGGGUUGCGGGUAAAAGCGACCUCUCUUUGCCCCGAGUGAGGACAACUGAGGACGGAUGUCUGAUGUUUGAGAAGGUCGCUUUUCAUUGAAUUAUCCGCGAGUAUGGAGUCUGUGGAGAAGGAGUGCGGAGCGCUUGGUGGAUUGUUCCAGGCGAUUAUCAACGAUAUGAAGAGCUCUUACCCAGUGUGGGAAGACUUCAGUGCCAAGGCUACAAAACUGCAUUCUCAACUCAGGACCACAAUUCUGGCAGCCGUGGCCUUUUUAGAUGCUUUUCAGAAAGUGGCGGACAUGGCAACCAACUCAAGAGGUGCCACCAGAGAUAUUGGCUCAGCUCUGACCAGGAUGUGCAUGCGCCACCGUAGCAUCGAGGCAAAACUCCGCCACUUUACAAACGCUCUGGUGGAAGGCCUGGUCACGCCACUGCAGGACAGAAUAGAGGAAUGGAAGAAGACUGCAAAUCAGCUGGACAAGGACCACGCCAAAGAGUACAAACGGUCUCGCCAAGAAAUCAAACGAAAGUCAUUGGAUACCGUGAAACUUCAGAAAAAAGCAAGAAAAGGGCGGGGUAACUUGCGCCCGCAAUUAGACAGCGCCAUGCAGGAUGUUAGCGACCUGUACUUGCUCAUGGAGGAGACGGAGAAGCAGGCCGUGCGCAGAGCUCUUCUGGAAGAAAGAGGGCGCUAUUGCGCUUUUAUUAACUUGCUGCAGCCUGUUGUGAAUCUUGAGAUCGCUAUGUUGGGAGAAACAACGCACUUGCAGGCCAUUGUUGAUGACCUCACAUUGCUGACGGAAGACCCGCACAAACUUCCUCCGGCCAGUGAGCAGGUGAUCCGAGACCUCAAAGGGUCAGACUUUACCUGGUCCUACCAAACCCCUCCCUCCUCCCCUAGCAGCAUCAGCUCCAGAAAGAGCAGCAUGUGCAGUCUUCUCCAGAUGCCGUCUGCGGGGGCGCAUCGGCUCAGCAGCGUCUCUUCUCACGACUCGGGGUUCGUCUCCCAGGACGCCAACACCCACUCCAAGCCUCCUUCUCCCAUGCCCUCAGACAUCACGAGCCAGAAAUCCACCAGUUCGGCCUCGUCCGAGGCUUCAGAAACCUGCCAGUCUGUCAGCGAGUGCAACUCCCCCACAGCGUUUGGCUCAUGCUCGUCCUUCGGCACCUUCCGCCCCGCUUUCUCUCACACUGGCACCAUCAGGCCUCUGUCUGUCAUACUUCCUGCGUCCCCCACAUUUAACCGCUCCCCCGGAUCCAACACCCCCUCACCCACAUCAAAGGUUCCUAGCUGGAAGGAGUGGGCCAAAGUGAGUCAGUGCGACCCGUCUUUGGCCAGCACUUUGCAACGCAGAAGGGAGUCCCCGGAUAAAACAAGGGACACGGAAGCUCCACCCAGUCCCAAGGGAUAUUCUGCGAUCCAAGGAGAUGAUGUGCACCGAGCGAGAAUGAGCCCGGGAGUUCUCACAGCUAAGCACGGGGAGCCUCUGUCGCCAGCAGCCAGUACUCUGGCUAUGGUGUUGACCAGAGGUCUGAGCAUGGAGCAGCAGAAAAGCAGCAGAGACUCCCUGCAGUAUUCCAGUGGCUACAGCACCCAGACCAAUACCCCCUCCUGCUCUGAGGACACCAUCCCCUCCCAAGGUUCUGAUUAUGAGUGCUACUCUCUCAACGGGGAUGCUGACGCUGAAGCCCAAACCGAGUUUGACAAAUCCUCCACCAUCCCUCGCCACAGCAACAUCGCCCAAAGCUACCGCCGCAUGAUCCAAACCAAAAGGCCUGCUAGUACAGCCGGUCUGCCGGCAGGUAAGGGCGCUUCAAACGGGGGGACCAUUGCCUCCGGCACUGCCACCAUUCGGCGCACACCGUCCUCCAAGACCGGGGUGCGACGCACGCCUUCCACGUCCGGCCCCAUUCCCAUCCGACCUCCCAUCGUGCCGGUCAAAACUCCCACCGUGCCCGACUCGCCUUCCCAGCAUCGCGCAUGUAGCGAGGAGUUUCUCUACCCGGAUGAUCCGUUUGCUAGCGAAUACCUGAGGUCGUCUCCUCAGCAAAGGAGCCCCCCUGACGCCGGGUGGGCUAGCGGGGGCACAGACAGGACUCCUCACCCCCUCCAGGAGACCCAAGGCAUGUCCGAAGAGGACCCGACGCUAGCUGCUAACCGCCACAGCCUCGUGGAGAAGAUAGGCGAGCUAGCGGCUAGCGCCCACGCUCUCGGCGAGGGCCAGUUCCCCUUCCCUAGCUCACCUUUAGGGGAUUCCACACAGUGCCAAGCGUCUUCGGAGACCCAAGAAAGCCCGAACAUGCUGGUUACGAUACGUCGGGGCGUUAAACUCCGCAAGACGGUCACCGAUGACCGUUCAGCUCCGAGAAUUCUACGGUAGCCUAGCGAACCAUUUUUUGAGUAAAAACGACAGCCCUCAUAACGUGAUUGAAAUUUGACGGUGCAUUGAGUGACUUUCGACAAGGUCAACGUCAUUUCGUGUUAUGUAUCUGUUACUUUUACGUAACUUUUAUUUUUUCGGGUUUGAUUUCUUCGUUUUAUCCGUGUGUUGAUCUCCGCCCCUUUUUUUCCCACUCCCAUUUUGUGGUUGUCAUAAAUCUUAACAAAACCAUGCAACACUCUGCUUCCUCUUGCUUUUAUGAUUAAUAUUAUCUUAUUUUCUUCCUCAACAAUGCAGCCGUCAUGGCAAAGUGAUGAUCCGGGAGCUCCGUGAGCUUCUGUGUGUGUGUGUCGUGUUUCCUAUCUUUACUCUACAAGCACCAUUAUUACUGUUAUGUUUCAUAAGCAGAGCAGCAGCUGGGUGAUUCAUGUAUAAUAGGAGCAAUAUGGCAGUGUUUUUAUCGCUGUACUGUACUGUCAAUAUAUUCUGCAAUUAAACAAGCUUUUUACUGCUAACUGCGUGAUUGUCUUUGACGGAAAAUGCAAAAUCGAUUGAAAACUUCCACAAAAGGAACAAAGAUCGAUGUCGUGCGCUUAUCUCGGAUACUUUUGAGUCGUUUCUUUUUCGGAACUUUUUGGCUGCCGUCGACGCCGAUAGACGUCCAAUCCAUUUUGACUGGGAGAAUUAGCAGCUAGAGCUGCAACUAAUGAUUAUUUCUAUAAUCGAUUAAUUGGCCAAUUAAACGAUUAAUCGGAUAAAUGUCACUUUUUUCAAUUACCUUCACAGUUUCACUUUUUAAAAAAAUUUUUUUAGGCAUGUUGUAAGUAACAAUGAAGACAAAAUCCAAUUUCAAAGCACACUCUCUUGUAUGACAAUUUACAGUUUGAAUGGAGUUUGUGUUGAGACUCUAAGCCAGGGGUCUUUUUCCUGUGAGGGCCACGAACUUUUCCCUUCUCUUAUGAGGGUCCGGGUGAGUUUGUAACAGAAAAAGUGUGACGAUUGCAGGAGUGCCUAAAUGUAAAAUGUUAAUGUUUUCAGAAAGGCACAAUCAAAUAACCGUUUCUGGAUUCUUCAAGAAACAAAACUAAAUAAAAUAAAUGUAAUAAAAAUUAGGGCUGUCAAAUGUAUCGCGUUAACGGGCGGCAAUUAAUUUUUGUAAUUAAUCAUGUUAAAAUUAGGGCUGUCAAACGAUUAAAAUUUUUAAUCGAGUUAAUUACAGCUUAAAAAUUAAUCGUAAUGAAUCGCAUUUCAAACCAUCUAUAAAGUAUGCCAUAUUUUUCUGUAAAUUAUUUUUGGAAUGGAAAGACAAGAUGGAUAUAUACAUUCAACAUACGGUACAUAAGGACUGUAUUUGUUUAUUAUAACAAUAAAUCAACAAGAUGGCAUUAACAUUAUUAACAUUCUGUUAAAGCGAUUCAUGGAUAGAAAGACUUGUAGUUCUUAAAAGAAACAUUUUAGUACAAUUUAUAGACAUUUUAUAUUAAAACCCCUCUUAAUGUUUUCGUCUUAAUGAAAUUUGUAAAAUUUUCAAUCAAAAAAUAAACUAGUAGCCCGCCAUUGUUGAUGUCAAUAAUUACUUACACAAUGCUCAUGGGUGGCUGAAGCCUAUAAAAUCAGUCGCACCCAAGCGCCAGCAGAGGGCGGCAAAACUCCAUAAAACACAAUUAACAAGUGGUGUUUCACUGUACCGUCAUUUAAAUAUCUGAUCGGGUAAUCUGCGUUAAUUGCGUCAAAUAUUUUAACGUGAUUAAUUUAAAAAAAUUAAUUAACGCCCGUUAACGCGAUCAUUUUGACAGCCCUAAUUAAAAUAUUUAACGCAUACGCGGAACGAUCCACUCACGCAUUGCCGCAAAGUCUACAAUGGCGUCGUUUUGCUUAUAGACCUUACUCACCAACGUCACAGAAUGACGUGUCGCUGUAUCCGGGCGCCAUAUUGUCCGUCAUUGUUUAUCCGUAUUCUCAAUGGUUUCAAUUUGUCAUGCAAUUUAUAGUGCAAUUCAUGGAAGCCCCGGUGCUUUCAGACGCUGUCAACUCAUUGGAUGUGUUGCAUAAAAGGCGUUAUGUGGAAAAGCUUCAGUCUAUCCAUUCGCCAGAUCCAUAUUUGGAUAAAUCGAUAUUUUUCAACCCGCUGUCUUUACCGUCUCUGCCUGACAUCUGCUACCCUGAAAUCUACAACUAUCUUGUCCACAGAAACGCAGCCUAUUCUCACGAAACUUUGAAAAACUUUAAGAGCAGCACUCUAAGCAACAUUACCCCGUGUGACCCUUUACUUUCAAUUUUCUAAAAUGGCAACAAUCAAUAAAAAAAAAAAAAAAAGUUGACUGCGAUGGCCGACGCUUCAAGGAUAGGUGGAUAUUGGACUAGUUUUUCAGUAAGAUACGCAACAACUGUGUCUGCCUCAUUUGCAAAGAGACAGUCGCUGUUUUCAAAGAGUUCGAUGUGACGCGAUAUUACCAAACAAGACACGCUGACAUGUACGACAACAUUACAAGGAAGAUUCGCAGCGAGAAAUUAUAGCAACUUGAAGCUAGUUUAAUUUCACAGCAGCAGUAUUUCGCAAGAGCCCGAGUGUCGAAAGAGAACGCCACAAAGGCCAGAGUGUUGAAAUUAUGAAUUAAAAAAAAAAAUAAUAAAGCAAAUGUGACACACAAGAAGGGCUGCUAAAAAUUGUUUAAAUAUAUUGUUCUACGUAAAUCAGCCAAGGUAGCCCCCCACAUUUUACCACACCAAAUCUGGCCCCCUUUGCAAAAAGUUUGGACACCCCAGCUUUCACUUGGUACCAGCUAAAUAUUAUUCAAAAAAUAAUGAUGGCGGAAGAAAUAAACAUCUUGAAUUUGAUACUGUAUGUUGUCGGCGAUUAACCUUGCAAUGAUCUUAAUUGUGGUUGUCAGCCCAAAACCCUCUAAAUAUAUAUUAAAUGCAUCUUACCAGGUAUAAAAUGACUACUACAUAGUCUGUGGUGAUCGUUUGGUGCCCAGUUUUCUCGUCGAAUUGCAGCAGUCCAUCACGUUCUCCUCUCCGGGUCUCUCGGAAUACGGUAGAACUUCAAGUCUCUCCGUCUAUCUUCUCUGUUACUGCAACCAACCGCCACACACGCCUUCACCAUUUUGAUUAUUUAUGUUAACAAGCAGAAAAACACGCCAUAAUAGGUGGAAUUUACGUAGCGGUAAUGCGUAAACACGACAAGCUGACAGACAAUAUGGCGCGGAGGCGUGGUUGUGACGUCAUGUGAGUGGGGUCUAUAUACAGAGCCAGGGCCGGUGUUCUGUCAAAAUGUGCUCCCUUAUAAAAUUUUGCUCCCAAAGCUGUUGUGGCGGUGAAAAAGCCCGCUUUUACAUUCAGUUGGACUCUCUGUUAUCCAAAGGUGCUAAAUAAACUAGUUACAUCAUAAACAUACAUGUGCAACACGAAAAUGGCCUAAAUUAAUACUUAACGACAUGGCGAAGUCGUUAACAGUGAGAGCCCGAGUUGCAGUUGCUGUGUGCGGCUAACAUGGUAGGAUGUGUCUGAGGACUUUUGUACAUGUCUUUACAUGAUCAAACCUAAGUAAAUAUUCCUUUCUUUAAAGAAAGUUUGUAGUGUUUACUUUGGAAUCGCCGCAAUCGCGGCCAUUUUUAACAUUACGCGCAUGCGCAAAACCGCAAGGUAGCAAUUUUUGAUGGGUUGCAAAAUUUGUCAGAACACCUGAGUGGGACUCAUUUUCGGCCCCGGAAUUUCAUGCCUCAGACCGGCCCACUCAUUUGAAAUAAUGUCAUUAUGCAUACACGUGUUAAGUUCAUUGUUCUCUAAAGCCGUGUACUGUAAUUCAGUGUAUAUAAAAUGUGUAUUAUAUGUAAUAUAAAUGUGUAUGCAUAUGUAAAAUAUGCAGGUCAAUUGCAUCUAACAUUUAUCUAUCACUUUCAAAUGUGUAGUUUGAUUGCAAUCUAACUUUUGAUAAAUAAAUGAGCCACUAUUAUCAUUUGGGCAUAAAAUGUGACCAUAUUAGAAUUGAAGCUUGCUUGUUCACACUAGCCACGUUUACAUGCUGACUUUUAUUCAUACCGAUUCAAAUCAUUCCGAAUGAAAAUUUCACAUCAGCUGUUUACAUGUCACUUCAUCUAUUCCGAUCCAGCGUUUACAUGUGACUGCCUUUAUUCCGAAAGGACGUUUGACAACUGCCGUCUGACAUGCGCAGAUUAAUCAAAACAAAGCGUCACGUUGCAAAACAUGGAGAUCGAUCGUCAGAUCAGCUGCUGUUUUAACUUUUCGAGUGGAAAAAAAACUUCAGAAUGAUACGCCGUUCAUUUAAAAAGUUGUAUGGGUGCGCUGUGCGUGUGCUCGGAAGCCAUGUUGCAAGUGACGUUACUUACGUCACCAAGUCAGUACGGAGCAUGCGCAGAAAGAACGCAACCAGACACCAUUCCGCUUCCCUGUUUACAUGAUAUAAUUUUACUUCUAAUCGGUUUGGGAAAAGGAAUAUUCCACCCCUGUGAAUCGGAAUGAAAUUCCAUUCGGUUUGGGCCUGUUCAUUCCAAAUGAGGUGUUUAUAUGGAACACAUUUAUUCGGUUUGAACAAAUAUUCCGAUUGUAAUUGGAAUAUUUGGCUCCAUGUAAACGUGGCAAUUGGCAGCAAUCCCAUCCUCACUUCCUCCUGUGUCUGCCACUGACAUUAAAUCACAUAUUAAAGAAAUAGUCAAUUUUGAACAUAACAACAAUGCAUUCUGAUCAAUUGGCAUGUCUACUUUCUCGGGAAGGAUACGUGAUCUUUCUGGACUUGUGGUGUCUCCAGCAGUGGAGAACACCCUCUCAGAUGGGGUGGAGAAAGCCUGCACACACAGAAAGUGUUCAGCUAGUCCAGACAGCAGGGGCAGAGUAUCUCUUUCGUUGUCCCAAAUAUUAACAAGUUUAUAAUUAGGUUGGUGUGAUUACAUAAGGAUGGUUGGAU